AUGGACACUGUCAGGGCGCCGGAGUUUCCUCUGUCUGAAACACUAGCGGAAGUUCUCCAGCAGGGGGCGAAACAAACUAUAGAGCUCAGAGACAGACAACACAAACACAACACACUACAGGCUGCUCUGUUAGAUCUGGAUCAGCGCUGUGAGUGUGUGUCGUCUGAUAUAAAGCUGAAGGAGAAGCAGCUCAAUGCUGUUCACUGUGAUGUUGAGCAGAUUCAGAGCAACAUCAUCAGUCUGGACUCACACACACAGACCAUCUUACUGGAAAACUUCCAUCUCAGAAACUCCAUCGAGGAUGAGAUGGAAAACUCUCGCUCUGCACUCGCUGGACACGACUCAUACCGCACUAUAAUGAAGAACUACAGGACGUCUGUUUCUCUGGUGGAGAGUCGAGCAGACGUUUAUAAAGAGUUACUGGAGAAAGAGCAGAAGGUGUCUGAACUGAGGAACACGCUGGAGGAACUCAAAGUGGAUUUACAGAAUCCUGUAGGAAAUGCUGUUCGUCAAGCUCAGAAUGAAAUCAACUUUCUAAAGGGAAAUAUUCAUCAGAGCAGAAAACUGUGAGCUGAGAGAAGAGCCCUUCUGCAGCGGGAGCAAGAGACUCAGUCACAGCUCAAGAAAGAAAUCGAGAUCCAGCACCGGAGAUGUGAGGCCAUCAUUAAACGUCUUCACUGUCAGCUGAAUAAAGCUCAGUCCAAUCACAGACAGAUCUGCAGUGACAUCACUCACAUGGAGAAAGAGGUGCAGGAUCUGAAGAGUCAGCUAGAGGACGCUGCACAGCCUGAACAUCCCUCACUUCCUCUGCCGUGUAAUGCAGAGCCGUUUGGCAUGACAGGUGUAUAGUUGUUUUGAACGGUACAGCUACAUUAUAAAUCAGUAUUGAGUUCAGUGAUUGAUGAAAUGUUUGAAUCGUCUGUAUUAAUCUGUAGCUUGUUAAAUGUGUCGCUGUGAUCCGUUCUCUCUGCGGUUGAUGUAUGUUUGGAUGUUUUCUCUCCAGUAAACGCCUCAUGGCCGUGUUUGA